UAUUUUAUCAAUUUCGAAAGGAUGGAAGGCAAAGUCGAGCUCGGCGUUAUUUGAACUCAGCACAUAAAGACGAACGAAAUGCCUCUAAGUAUUUUAUUAGACGUAGUAACGAUUCUGCUAGCUCGCACUUUUUUUUCAAAAUGCUUUCUACUAUAGGCACAUGCCUGAAAUUUAGGGGAGGAGAUAGUCGUUCGUCUCGACUCCAGAACUUGACUGGUACUUAUUUUUUCAAAUCUGAAAGGAUUACAGGAAACUGUAACCUCGGUGAGGAUUGAACUCAGAACGAAAAGCCGGAAGAAUGUGGCAGAUAGAUAGAUAGAAAGAUAAAGAGAGAGAGAGAGAUUCUUAAAAGCACACGUUUCAUAGAAGUCCAUGCCACUUCCGGUGAAAACAGUGACAAUGGUGGUACACAACUGGAUAUUUUAUAAUGUGUAUCUUUUACUAAACAUGAUUUUACUGGGACAGGCUAAAGAUUCAGGAUCUUCCGCUGAUGAUUUCAAGAAUAAUGAAGAAAAAAAUAUUGCUACUUAUCAAAAGUUAUUCCGUUAUCAACGCAGUCUACAAAAAGAAGCUAUAAACCACCUGUUACAGAUGAAUACAGUUAAUCAAUACAAGUUUACCAAAAGUACAUUGGAAGAAAUUUUCAAGAUUUUAACAGAAGCCAGAAAUGAUCUAACAAAAUGGGGAUAUCUUGCUGAAGAUGCCUUUCCAUCGAAUAUGACUGUUAGAAAUUCUCUCUCCCAAAUUCUUGAAAAAACUGCAUUAUUUAGUGAUUUGAUGCUCAAGUUACCAGAUGUUGCUCAUGAUCUUUUUGACAAAAAUGAUCCAUGGAGAAUAUGCAUAGCUUGGUGUAUAGUAUUUUGUCAAAAAAGUAAAAUUUAUGAUGAUGUACAUCAGAAAAUGUUAGCAGUACUGAGCCAAGAAUUAGAAUUUAUUCCCAAAGAUCCAGCAUAUUCAAACCCUUUCCGUAAAACAGUUGAGGCAAGUCUUCCAAAAGAAGUUGUUAAAACUAAGAAAAAACCAAAAAAAGGACCAAAACUUUCACAGAAUGUAUAAUAACAUGUUCCACAAUGUGUGACAGCAUGUAACAAUGAACAGUGUAUAACAUGUGUAAUGACAAUGUGUAAUGAAGUGCAACAUGUAUUCAACAAUGUGUAUCACUGUCACGUCUAACAAUGUGUGUAACAAUAUGUAACAAAAUGUGUAACAGCAUGUGACAAUGUGGAGCAUGUGUAACAAUGUUUCACAACAUGUAACAACAACUGACAGACAUCUGACAAGACUUUAUGUAAAUCAUUUUUAUUUAUUAAUAAAUUAUUUUGUAUUUCUCAAAAA